AUGGAAUGGAUUCAAGCAUCGAAGAUUGUUGAUACGAAAACUAUUACCAAAAAACAAGGUCACGAUGUAGUACUUGCCUGUCGGUUUGAACAAUUAAAUACAGGAGAUCGUGUUAUGUGGUCAAAGGAUGGUGUUAUUUUGUCUGUUAACGAUGAAAUAAAUGGUGAUCGAAAAAAAUAUGAAAUCAUCAACAAAUAUGAUCUAAUGGUUAAAACAGUAGCAGAACAAGACAGUGGAAAAUAUUUAUGUCAAAAUUUUGAUCAACUUGUAUCGAUGAAUAUUCUAUUAACUAUUUUAACUCGGCCAUCAAAACCCGAUAUACAACAAGCAAAUAAGAGUUUAAUUGAAAAUCAUUCAGGCAAAUUUUUUUGCAUAACACAAGGUGGAAAUCCACCACCAACAUUUACUUGGUUAAUCAAUCAAAUAAAAAUCAACGAAUCAUUCUAUAACGUGCGUAAUGAUGCACGUCAAUCGUAUAGUGAAUUAAAUUUACUAAUGGGAAAACGUUUUCAUAAUGGUUUAUUAACUUGUCACGUAGAAAAUCAAGCUCUAGACAAACCAUUGAUUACUACAUAUACAUUGAAUAUUGAAUAUAAACCAGAAGUUCGUCUACGUCAUGGUCAAACAAUUGUCUCAAAUAGUAAUCUACUGGUUGUCGAAGAUGAUCAUAUGACACUUCAAUGUGAAGCUGAAUCAAACCCACCCAUACUUAAACCAGUGGCUUGGCUAAAGAACAGUGUAUCACUUCCUGAUAUUAAUUCUUCUUCAUUCACAUUAUCAAAUAUCAAACGUAAUGAUGAUGGAGCAUAUACAUGUCUAGCAUCAAAUGUAAUUGGACAUGAUCAAUCAUCAGUACACAUUCGUGUUCAAUAUUCACCAAUGGUUCAUUUGAAUGGAAGUGGUCUGAUAAAUGAAAAUGAAAAAUUGACAUUAACAUGUCAUGUUGAUGCUUAUCCAUCGAUUGAUUAUUAUCAAUGGUAUAAAAAUCAUCAAAAAUUAAAUACAAGUUCAUUGACAUCUUCAAUAGUUAUUGAAAAAGUAUCGAAAGAAGACUCGGGCAUUUACAUUUGUAUGGUAAAAAAUACUUUGAAAUAUUCUAAUGGAAGUUCAAUUGAGAAAUAUAAUAAAACGCAAACAAGAGUGACUGUUAAUUAUGCUCCAAAAGUUCGUACAUUUGAUUCGAUAGUAGCUGUUGAUCUUCUUACCACCAAUGUAAAAUUCCAAUGUGAAAUAGAUUCGUAUCCUGAAUCAAUAGUAACCUGGAGAUUUAAUAAUAAUAAUGUUAUAUUUAAUUCAAAUAAAUAUUCUAUUGUACAAAAUAAAUCAUUAUCUUAUUUAACUAUUCAACAGAUUGAAUCAAACACAGAUUAUGGCUUGUAUUCGUGUAAUGCAACGAAUAAGUUAGGAUAUAAUUCAGCAACUAUCCAACUGAGAUCAAAAGCUGUACCUGAAUCACCAACAGAUUUAAAUGUAACAAAUGUUCAUUAUUCAGCAAUUAGUUUGAAAUGGAAACCGGGCUUUGAUGGAGGAUGGCCACAAUCGUUUUGGAUUUCAUUAGAUAAUUCCAUAUGGAAAGAAACUAAUCAAACGUUUUAUACAUUUACAAAAGUUCCACAAGUUUUUGAUGGAAUAAUACAUUCAUUCCGACGGAUAUUAAAAAUAAUGUUUUUAGAUCUUCAACAUUUGGAAUACUAUAAUGUAACUGUUCGUGCUUAUAAUGAAUUGGGACAAAGUUCAACUGUUGCAUUUCUUCGCGUUCAAACAAAAGAUGUACCAGUACGAAAAGAAGAUUUACCAAAUAUUGAACAUUCAUCAUUGGAAUUAUCAGAAAAAUUAAUUAAUUAUCGUUUAAAUGAUUCAAGUUUUAUGUCAAUAAAAGUUCCAUUGUGUAUGCGAAUUGAAAUCGAUAAUGAAACAAAUAUAUGCGAACGUAUUAUUACAUCAAGUGGAGUGUUGAAAUUCAAUGAAAACAAUUUAAAUAAUAAUAUUAAUCUAUCGAUUUGUAUUGACCAAUACGAAAAUUAUUGCGGAGAAUCAAUACCAGUGCAAAUAAAACGCGAUACAUCAUUCAAUUGGGUAUUUAUUGUUUUAUCAUCGAUUAUUACUGUUGCUUUACUUAUUCUUUGUGGUCUCGGCAUAUUUUGUUUUUUAACAAAUCGUAAACAACAACGAAAUACGAAUCUCUCUCGAGUUAUUACAUCAGAUAAAGCACCUUCACAAAAUCAAGUCAUCAGUACAAAACCAGUUAUUCCUACUACGAACAGUCCAACUAAAUAUUUUUCAAAUGUAACAUAUCCUGAACGACAACAAGUGCAAUCGUCUUAUGGUAGAUUAGCUGAAAUUCAAAAAUUUGAUCAAUUACAAGGCAAUGUUGUUAAUAAUCGUCAAUUAUCAAAUGGCUCAAGCGAUCCAAUACUAUCUAAUCCCAAUUCAUCUUCAUUAUCAGGCAGUGACCAUUUAACAAUAACUGAUAUGAAUCCAACCGAUGUGUCAUCAAUAGAAAAUGAUUUACAUGCUAAUCAAUCACAAUAUCUUGGCUAUGGUUUUCCAAUUUAUACAGUAAAAAAUAAAGAAGAGAGCGCCGAAAGCGGCUGUUCAACACCAUUGAAAAGUUAUCAUCUAAACAAAAAGACAGUUUACGAAGUUGUCGUUUAG